AUGGGGAAAAAGCCAGAGUACUGGUUACUGAAAACAGAGCCAGGAGAGUGGUCAUGGGAGGACCAAGAAGCUAAUGGCGGCAUUUCAAAGUGGGAUGGAGUAAAAAACAAGCAAGCCCAGAAGUAUAUGAAGUCCAUGAACAUAGGAGAUCUCUGUUUCUUCUACCACUCUGGGUCCAAAGCCCGGCGCGUGGUUGGUGUUGUCUCAGUGACGCGUGAAUGGUAUACAGAUGAUGAUGAUGACGGUGGUGGCGCGGUGGAUGUCAAGGCGGUUGGAGAGAUGAAGAGAACUGUGGACCUUGCGGAGAUGAAGAGGGAUGAAGGGUUGAAGGGUUUUGUGCUUUUUAAACAGUCUAGGUUGUCUGUAGUGCCGGUGGAAAAGGGUUUUUGGGAUAAGAUUUGUGAAAUUGGCGGGGGAUUUGAGGGUGUUGGUAGUGUUGAGUGUGAUGAAUAGUUUUGUACGUAAAAGGUGUUUGCGUUUUUGUUUUAGAUAGCAGGAGUCAUCAGUUUAACAACAAGUGCUAGAUUGAUGAUAAUGGGUAUGUAAAGCUUGCAUUUUAUGGUAACAAAAGAUUAAUGGCAUUAUAUAA